AAGGAAGAGCUCACAAGCAGGCAGUUCACUGUGUCUGUUCACUUGCCCAGAUUGUGCCUUGGAGACGAACAAAAAAGGAGUUUACCCUGCUGGUGGGUUUCUCAACACGGAUAUGGACGUCCCGGAUUCUCCACAUGGGAAUAUGGGGCUGUUAAGGACCUUUGAUUCCUCUGAGUUUGGCAGUUGGGAGAAAAUAGGCUCAGGUGGAUUUGGACAAGUAUACAAAGUCCGGCACGUACAGUGGAAAACAUGGCUGGCUAUCAAGUGCCCUCCCUGCCUUCAUAUGGAUGACAAGGAGCGUUCAGAGCUGCUGGAGGAGGCUAAGAAGAUGGAGGCAGCCAAGUUCAGGUACAUCCUGCCCGUGUAUGGGAUCUGUGAGGACCCCCAGGGCCUCGUCAUGGAGUACAUGGAGACCGGCUCCCUCGAGACCCUGCUGGCCAACGAGCCCCUGCCCUGGGAGCUCCGCUUCCGCAUCAUCCACGAGACCGCGGUGGGAAUGAACUUCCUGCACUGCAUGAACCCACCGCUGCUCCACCUGGACCUGAAGCCAGCCAAUAUCCUGCUGGAUGCUCACUAUCACGUCAAGAUAUCUGAUUUUGGCCUGGCCCGGUGGAAUGGCCUGUCACGGGCUGAUGACAUCAGUAGAGACGGCUUCUGCGGCACCAUUGCCUACCUGCCACCUGAAAGCAUCAUUGAGAAGGACAGAGCGUCGGACACCAAGCAUGAUGUAUACAGUUUCUCCAUCGUCAUCUGGGGGAUUCUUACACAGAAGAAACCCUACCAAGGUGAAAACAACAUCCUCCAGAUCAUGGUGAAGGUGGUAAAGGGGGUCCGUCCAGACCUGGGCGCCAUUCCUCGCUGUCGACCUCCAGUCUGUACGGGCUUCCUGAACAUCAUGAUGCGCUGUUGGACCACAAACCCAGAUGCCAGACCCAGCUUCCAGGAAAUCACAUCUGAAGCUGAGGAGCUCUGCUCACCUCAAGAGGAGCCCAAGACACCAACCUUAUCCACACCAGAGCCAGAGCCCUCGUCCCCCAACGCCCUCUCUAGUAACCAGGUGAAAGACAACAAGCCAGUGCGUCCAAAGUCUGCCAUGUUGCCGGAAAAAGAUUACAGCCUAUCAGAGCUGUUGAGCCAGGUGGAUUCUGGGAUCUCUAGAAGCUUCGAUAGAGUGAAGGAGGAUAGUUGCCACAGCAAAGAAAACACCUGCAAGAGGCUGUCUGGCAUCUCCUCCGCUGAUUCAGCCUUCUCCUCACAAGACUCCAUCACGCUGUCUUUUGAGAAAGAAAACACAUAUGAUUCUGCAGAAGUCCAGAGGCGAAAGCUGUGUGAGGCCAUCAGGACCAAAGACACCGCCAAGCUGAUGAAGAUCCUGCAGCCUCAGGAUGUGGACCUGCUCCUGGACGGAGGAGACAGCCUGCUCCACCACGCCAUAACCUCGGCCAACGAAGAGGCCGUCAAGUUCCUCCUCCUGAACAACGCCAACCCCAACCUUGCUAACGCCCGUGGCUCCACGCCGCUGCACCUGGCCACAGAGAGACACCUGAAGCCGCUGGCGGAGCUCCUGCUCGGCCGCCGCAGCACCAUCGUCAACGCCAAAGACGAGGACCAGUACACGGCUUUGCACUGGGCCGCCCAGAACGGGGACGAGGCCAUCACGCGCCUGCUGCUGGACCGGGGGGCCGCCAUCAACGAGACCGACGGCCAGGGGCGUACGUCGGCUCACGUGGCGUGCCAGCACGGUCAGGAGAACGUGAUCCGGGUGCUGCUGAGCCGCGGCGCCGACGUCCGAAUCAAGGGUAAAGAAGACUGGACGGCGCUCCACUUUGCCGCCUGGCAGGGACACCUGGGCAUCGUCAAGCUGCUGGUGAAGCAGGCCGGCGCCGACGUGGACGGGCAGACGACAGACGGACGCACGCCGCUGCAUCUCGCCUGCCAGAGGGGGCAGUACAGAGUGGCACGGAUCCUGAUCGAACUAGGAGCGGAUGUGCACAUGACGUCGGCCGGGUUAAACGCUCCUCUGCACGUGGCGGCGGAGACGGGUCACACAAGCACCUCUCGCCUCCUGAUCAAACACAAGGCGGAUAUUCACGCCCAGAACGCCAACGGACUUACUCCUCUGCACCUGGCGUCCCAGCGAGGCCACCUAGCCACGGUCAAGAUGUUGUUAGAAGAGGGGGCGGACCCCUACAUGUCCAACCAGGCGCUACGCACCCCCUGCCACCUGGCAGCAGAGAAGGGACACUCUGAGGUGGUGAAGGAGCUGCUCCUGCACUGUCCAGACGGUGGCGCCCUGUCAGACGGGCAGGGCCUCAGCCCGCUGCACCUGGCGGUGCAGGGCGGACACUCAAACGUCAUCACUAUGCUGCUGCCACAGGACUGCCAGGACUUAGUUACGGAGAGCUCAGAGCAGCCGGCGGCUGAACAAGCGGCGCCACCGGAGGCGAAGCAGCUCCAGAGGAAAGUUGUCAUUCUUAAGCUGACGGAGCACAAAGACUGCCCACAAGCCACCGGCUCACAGUGUGCCUCGGCAACCUGCUAACAAAGGCAAAGACAACAUGGUCUCACAGGAAUCCGUGGAAUAGCCACGGAUUUGCUUAACUCAAAUUUCCAUGAAACUGACACGGAUUUCGCUACAAUGCAAGUUAAUGACAGUCAUAUCCCGUGGCUAUUCCAACAUACAAAGUGAUUAUGUACAUUCGCUGAGUGAAUAUUUAGAAAAUAAAACAUAUAUUUCUCGCUAGAAAUGUGAUCAAAAUCCAUUUUUAUGCAGAAACUAAGUCAAAAUAUUGAUUUUUUUCACUAAAAACGAGAGAACUGUCCGCCAUGUUUUUUGUUCUGACCGCCGGGACCUUGAAAGUCACGUGACUUGGAACAAACCAAUAGGAAAAAAUAUUAACUUGCAUUGUAGCGAAAUCCAUGUCAGUUUCACUGAGAUUUGAGUUAUUCCGUGGCUAUUUCACGGAUUCCUGUGAGACCAGGUUCGCCAAACCUGUACAGUCCUGCCAUUUUUUUUAUUCCCCACACAAAACUUAGAGUUUUUUUGGACUUAAAAGCCCUUUCAGCACUGUUUAGGUAUUUCCUAAUGGUCAGAAAAGCUUUAAUGUAAAUAUGUACACUGUGAAUAGAAAGUAUAAAUACCCUGUUGUGUUUUAUUUUUUGUCUACUUUUUUUACUUAACAAGCACAUUUUUUUUUACUUAACAAGCACCAAUAUCAGAAUUAUGAUUAGGAGAUCUGUGUCUUUUUGGGGACGUUUCACUAUACCACACUGCAGCUGGUAUGCAUGGAAGUUCUAUUUAAAAGAGCACAAACUCUGCUCUCAAGCCUUAUUAUGGGACGCUGUAGAUCACAAGAGCCAUUGUAUUAAUACAAAACUUUGACCUUCAGUGUUCUGAACCUGUUACAUAUCAGUGCUGCAUCAUCCAUUAAAACAUUUUAAAC